AUGGUCGAUUGGAAAGCUCUAGGCGCAGCAAAGCGCGAUUCAGUCAACGCACUCAUCCCCAAAGCCUGGCAAUUGCCAUCACCUAUUCCCUCCGCCACGGAACAACGAGAUGUAACGGGAAAGUACAUUGAGCAAUAUCUAUCUCCCCAGGAAAUAGAAAUCACGCAAACGGAUGCUGUUGGUAUUGUGAAGAAUACUUCCUCUGGGACAUGGAAAGCUCGAGAAGUUGCUGAGGCGUUCUGUCAUCGAGCUGCGCUUGCCCAUCAAUUAGUCAAUUGUCUGCAUGAGAUAUUUUUUGAUGCUGCGAUUGCUGAUGCCCAGAAAUUGGAUGACUACUAUGUUGAGCAUAAGAAGCCACUUGGUCCACUUCAUGGACUGCCAGUUAGUUUGAAAGAUCAAUUCCAUGUGAAAGAUGUUGAAACAACAAUGGGCUACAUUGGUUGGAUCGACACAUUUGAAGGCAAAAAGGGAACCGGAAAAGAAAAAGUCUUCGAAAGCGAAAUGGUCAGAGAACUUCGCAACCUAGGCGCCAUUCUCUACUGCAAGACCUCCGUUCCCCACACCUUAAUGGCCGGCGAGACAGUAAACAACAUCAUCGGUUACACCUUCAACCCCAAGAACCGAAACCUAGCCUCUGGUGGAAGCUCCGGGGGUGAAGGCGCCCUCAUUGGCCUAAAGGGAAGUCCUGUUGGAUUCGGCACAGACAUUGGAGGCAGCAUUCGCAUUCCCGCUGCAUUCAACGGUCUUUAUGGUAUCCGCCCAUCCAGCGGAAGGAUGCCAUACGAAGGAAUGGCUAACAGCAUGGAUGGCCAGAACUCGAUUCUUUCUGUUGUUGGACCACUAGGAACAUCUGUUAGUGCCUUGAGAUUGGUCUUGAAAGCGAUUCUCAGCCAACAGCCCUGGCUUCAUGAUCCUCUCGUGGCCGAAAUUCCCUGGCGUGAUGAGCAAGAACGGGCUGUGCUUGAUAUCAUUAAGUCGAGCGAUGGGAGACAGCUGUCUUUUGGUGUCUUCCGUCACGAUGGGACGGUUCAGCCUCAACCACCUGUUCGGAGGGCGAUUGACAUUGUGGUCAAGACGGUUGAGAAGCUGGGCCAUAAAGUCAUUGAGUGGAAACCGCCUUCUCACGUUGAAGCUGCUGAGAUCACUUUCAAAUCAUGGGUCUACGACGGCGGUGCAGAUAUUCACAGCGCAUUUGACCUCUCGGGAGAGCCUAUGGCCAGCCAAGUCUCAGCCGUUUACGGUACCCGCAAAGAUGAGUACUCUGCUUCUAAAAUAGCUGCUGUCAAUGUCCAGAAACGACAAUAUCAGAAGAGAUACAUGGACUACUGGAACUCCACUGCAUCACUUACCGGCACGGGACAUCCAGUCGACGCAGUGAUCAGCCCUCUUGCUCCAUUUGCUGCUGCGAGACCCGAUAUGUACAAAUACUACGGAUAUUCCGUCUGGAUCAAUCUCCUCGAUUACUCGGCGGCAGUGUUACCGGUUACUCAGGCGGAUAAGAAUGUCGAUGUUGUAGAUGAGGGCUACAAGCCAUUGAGCGAGGCGGAUGAGAAAGUUUGGGAGUCUUAUGAUCCUGAGUUGUAUGAUGGCACGCAUGUGUCAGUACAGAUUGUAGGACGGAGAUUGCAGGAAGAGAAAGUCCUGGUUUUGACAGAGUACCUGGGAGAUGCACUUGGGAAGCACAUUGUUUGA